AUGAACUCCAACUCCACCGCAACAGCUGUCGGCCUCGCCAGCCCCUUCGAGAAGCUGUCCUUCUUCCCUCACUCGUCCAACUUGAUCCUCGCCCAUCUGCACGAAAUCAUCUUCAGCUUCAUCUUCUACCAGCUCGCCUUCUCCGUCCUCGCACCGUUCUUGAAUAGGGUGAUCUUCCGCAAACACUACACCACAAUUCGUGACCCGCUGUUGAAAGUCGACUUCGACGUCCACAUCGUCUCGAUGAUCCAGGCCAUCGUCUCGAACACCGUCCUGCUACCCACCCUUACUACGCCGAUGCACUACAACGUCGUCACUUACACAGACUCGUACAGCUCCAUGGUGUCCUCGCUCAGCGCAGGCUACUUCAUCUGGGACUUGACCAUGUGCAUGCGCCACUUCAAGCUCUACGGUAUCGAAUUCACCGGCCACGCGGUCGGGUCCGUGUACGUGAUGCUGCUGUCCUUGAGGCCGUUUUGCCAGCCCUGGAUCGGCAGGUUCCUUAUCUACGAGGCUUCUACCCCCUUCGUCAACAUCAACUGGUUCAUCAUGCAAUGCAACGCCAAGAGCAAGAACUGCAUCCCUCUGUGGUUCAACGUCGUCAACGGCCUUCUGCUCAUGACCGUCUUCUUCGUCGUGAGGAUCUGUUGGGGCACCAUCGCAUCCGCCCUCCUGUUCAAGCAGAUGUGGAACGUCAGGGACGAGUUGCCCAAGGUAUCCGCCGUCGCCAUGAUGUCAUUGAACAUUUUCAUGAACUGGUUAAACGUCCUCUGGUUCAAGAAGAUGCUCAAGAUCGCCAAGAAACUCGCAAAACCAGCUCCGGCAAAACUCGAUUAA